UAAUUUGUGAAACCUUGCUGUGAUUUGAAAAGGGUUAGAAGGAGGAAUCCAAAAUGGUAUUUGCAUUGUAAAGAAGCUAUGAGGAACAGUGACAGAGAAGUGGAACGAAAGGAGAACAUUCCCAGCCUUGAUACCAGAUUCAAUCAGACCCUUAGAAGUGUUCAAGGGUUGCUUCAAGGUCGCAGCUUCCCUGGAAAAGUUUUGCUAACACGGAGAUCGGCUGAACAUCCUCCAGACGUUGAAAGGAGUCGAUCAGAAAAUGAUUUCGGAUCAGGUGAACACAUGGAUACGUCUUUUGAGGGCGAAGAUCAAAGUACGAGCAAGGUAACAGAUGAGACGACCAGUAAACCAACAUCACCCAUUACAAACAUGGAGAGUACAUCCAGAGAAGCUCAGAAACCCGUGUUGGGGGCUAGAGCAACUGAUUCUGCAAGGGUUAUGAAGUUCACAAAGGAACUCUCUGGAUCGACUGUCAUAUUAGAGACAUUGCAUCAAUUGGCUUGGAAUGGUGUAACUCCACAUCUGCGCCCCACUGUUUGGAGGCUUCUUUUGGGAUAUGCACCACCUAAUUCAGAUAGAAGGGAGGUGGUUCUUACAAGGAAACGGAACGAGUACCUUGAAUGUGUUUCUCAAUAUCAUGAUAUUCCUGAUACUGAACGUUCUGAUGAUGAGAUCAACAUGCUUCGCCAGAUUGCUGUUGAUUGUCCUAGGACUGUACCUGAUGUCACCUUCUUUCAGCAAGAAGAAGUUCAAAAAUCCUUGGAGCGGAUCCUUUAUACAUGGGCUAUUCGGCAUCCAGCAAGUGGUUAUGUUCAGGGAAUUAAUGAUCUUGUUACACCAUUUCUAGUUGUUUUCUUGUCAGAAUACUUAGAAGGGGACAUGGGGAAUUGGUCAGUUACAGAUUUACCGUCGCAGAAAAUUUGUAACAUUGAAGCCGAUUGCUAUUGGUGUCUAUCAAAAUUACUUGAUGGGAUGCAGGACCACUAUACAUUUGCUCAACCAGGAAUCCAAAGGCUUGUAUAUAAGCUGAAAGAAUUAGUUAGGAGGAUUGAUGAACCUCUGUCAAGGCACAUGGAGGAGCACGGGCUUGAGUUCAUUCAAUUUGCAUUCCGCUGGUUUAACUGUCUUCUAAUUCGUGAGAUUCCUUUCCAUUUAGUAACACGACUGUGGGACACAUAUCUUGCAGAAGGAGAUGCAUUGCCUGAUUUCCUUGUAUACAUAUCUGCCAGCUUUCUGUUAACGUGGUCAGAUAAGCUACAGAAACUUGAUUUUCAAGAAAUGGUAUUGUUCCUUCAACAUCUCCCCACCCAUAACUGGACUCACCAUGAACUUGAGAUGGUUCUUUCAAGGGCAUACAUGUGGCACACUAUGUUCAACAGCUGCCCAAGUCACUUAUCCAGCUAAGGCAGAAGACAAAAGUAUCAAUUAGUUAUCCCCUAUCUCCUCUAGUGUACUACUUGGCAGAGGAACCACUAUUUUUUUUUAUUUGUACUCUUGAUUGUAAAUCUAGCAGUCCAUUAUUUGUUGAGGAUAACCAUUUUCAUGAAUGCAAAGAAUUAUUGGAGAAGCAUCCCUUAGGUUA